AUAAUCAAUCAUAUCACAUAAACUCUUCUAAGUCUACGGGAGAGGUGCACAUCGUGUUAGGGGGAUAACGCGUGACGCGUCCCGCUGGCAACCCUAGCUAGGCCGCUCACGAGGUUCUUCCUUUCUCAGCUAGCACCGUUGGAGCGGCUGAGUGCGUGGCGUGGAUGGACUGGAGAAAUCUCUCAAAAUUCACCCGAGUCAGCCGAGUUUGAGUCCCGAUAGAACGCCGCCACCAUGCCGGCGUACUUUCAACGACCGGAGAAUGCUCUGAAACGAGCAAACGAGUUUCUUGAGGUUGGCAAGAAGCAGCCAGCCUUGGAUGUUCUGUACGAUGUCAUCAAGAGCAAGAAACAUCGAACAUGGCAGAAGAUCCACGAGCCCAUCAUGCUCAAGUACCUGGAGCUGUGCGUGGAUCUCCGCAAAAGCCACCUGGCCAAGGAGGGUCUCUAUCAGUACAAGAACAUCUGCCAGCAGGUUAAUAUCAAGUCCCUGGAAGAUGUGGUCAGGGCUUACCUUAAGCUGGCAGAGGAGAAGACUGAGACUGCCAAGGGGGAGUCCCAGCAGAUGGUCCUGGACAUUGAGGAUCUUGACAACAUCCAGACUCCUGAGAGUGUGCUCCUGAGUGCUGUGAGUGGAGAGGACACUCAGGAUCGUACUGACCGCCUGCUACUCACUCCUUGGGUGAAGUUCCUGUGGGAGUCUUAUCGCCAGUGCCUGGACCUGCUGCGUAAUAACUCCAAGGUGGAGCGCCUGUACCAUGACAUUGCCCAGCAAGCAUUCAAGUUCUGCCUUCAGUACACUCGUAAGGCCGAGUUCCGCAAGCUGUGUGACAACCUGCGUAUGCAUCUGGGUCAGAUCCAGCGCCACCACAACCAGAGCACUGCAAUCAACCUGAACAACCCUGAGAGCCAGUCCAUGCACCUGGAGACACGCCUGGUGCAGCUAGACAGUGCCAUAAGCAUGGAGCUCUGGCAGGAAGCUUUCAAGGCUGUUGAGGACAUCCACGGCCUGUUCGCUCUUUCCAAGAAGCCCCCAAAACCCCAGCUCAUGGCCAACUACUACAACAAGGUGUCCACUGUGUUCUGGAAGUCUGGAAACGCUCUCUUCCAUGCCUGCACCCUCCACAGGCUCUAUCACCUCUCAAGGGAGAUGCGUAAGAAUCUGACCCAAGAUGAGAUGCAAAGGAUGUCAACACGAGUCCUCCUGGCCACGCUGUCUAUCCCCAUCACUCCUGAGCGCACUGACAUCGCCCGGCUGCUGGACAUGGACGGCAUCAUUGUAGAGAAACAUCGCAGGCUGGCCACCCUCCUCGGCCUGCAGUCUCCUCCGACCCGGCAGAGUCUCAUCAAUGACAUGGUGAGGUUCAACCUGCUGCAGUACGUGGUGCCAGAUGUGAAAGAACUUUACAACUGGCUUGAAGUUGACUUUCAUCCUCUGAAGCUGAGUGGGAGAGUGACCAAGGUGUUGAACUGGGUCAGAGACCAGGCAGAGAAGGAAGCUGAUCUGCAGCAGUAUGUCCCUCAUCUGCAGAGUAACACCAUCCUGAGGCUUCUUCAACAAGUUGCACAGAUCUAUCAAAGCAUCGAGUUCACCCGUCUGGCCUCCCUGGUUCCCUUUGUGGAUGCCUUCCAGCUGGAGCGCUCCAUUGUGGAUGCCGCCCGCCACUGUGACCUGCAGGUCCGUAUAGACCACACCUCUCGAACUCUGAGCUUCGGCUCAGACCUGAACUACUCCACCAAAGAGGAUGCCCCUGUGGGCCCGUUCCUGCAAAACAUGCCCUCAGAGCAGAUAAGGAACCAGCUGACCGCCAUGUCUGCUUCUCUGGCCAAGGCCAUCCAUGUCAUCAAGCCCGCCUCCCUCCUGCAAGAGCGUGAGGAGCAGAGCCAGCUGGCUAUCGCUGCCUACCUGAAGAAUGCCCGAAAGGAUCACCAGCGCAUCCUGGCUCGUAGACAGACCAUUGAAGAGCGCAAAGAGCGCCUGGAGAGCCUGAACAUCCAGCGCGAGAAGGAAGAGCUAGAACAGCGCGAGGCUGAGAUGCAGAAGGUCCGCAAAGCCGAGGAGGAGCGUCUGCGCCAGGAAGCCAAAGAGAGGGAGAAAGAGCGCAUCAUGCAGGAGCACGAACAGAUCAAGAAGAAGACCGUACGAGAGCGUCUGGAGCAGAUCAAGAAGACCGAGCUGGGAGCCAAGGCCUUCAAGGAUAUUGAUAUUGAAGACCUUGAGGAGCUGGACCCUGACUUCAUCAUGGCUAAACAAGUGGAGCAGCUGGAGAAGGAGAAGAAAGAACUCCAGGAGCGUCUGAAGAACCAGGAGAAGAAGAUCGACUACUUUGAGAGAGCCAAACGCCUGGAGGAGAUCCCCCUGAUCAAGAAGGCUUAUGAAGAGCAGCGCGUCAAGGACAUGGAGCUGUGGGAGCUCCAGGAAGAGGACCGGAUCAGCAACAUGAAGGUUGAACGGGAGAAGGCUUUGGAGCACAAGAAGCGCAUGUCCAGGAUGAUGGAGGACAAAGAAAACUUCUUGUCCAAGAUAACAGCUGCCCGUAGCUUCAUCUACGAGGAAAAACUGAAAGCUUUCCAGGAGCGCUUGGUGGAGGAGAGGAAGAAGCGCAUGGAGGAAAGGAAAAAGCAGCGCAAAGAGGACAGGCGUAACACUUUCUACCGCCAGAAAGAGGAAGAAGCACAGCGCAUCCACGAGGAGCAGCUCAAGAAAGAGCGAGAGGAGAAGGAACUCCUGGAACAGCAGCAACGCGAGGAAGAAGAGAGGGAGUACCAGGAGCGUCUGCGUAAGCUUGAGGAGCAAGAGCGCAAGCAGCGUGCUCGCCAGCAGGAGAUUGAGGAGAGGGAGCGGCGUCGUGAGGAGGAGAGAAGAGUCCCCCCUGAGGAGAAAGCCAAGGAUUGGGGUGAGAAGGAGGAAGCAGGAGGAGGAGGAUGGAGAAAACGUGCAGAGCGUACAGAACGUCCAGAACGUACAGAGCGUACAGAGCGUACAGAGCGUACAGAGCGUACAGAGCGUACAGAGCGUCCAGAGCGUACAGAACGUACCGAAGGCGGGGAUUCAGAAUGGCGCCGUUCUGUGCCUGAAAGGGACUGGAGACAGGAGGGCCGAGAGGAGGACAGUGGGGAGAAAGAUGGCUCCUUCAGAAGAGGAGAAGCUCCUCGCAGGGGCGGAGAUGACCGAGGACCCCGGCGUGGCUUUGAGGACGAUCGAGCCCCGCGACGUGGUGGUGAUGACGACCGCCCUCCACGCAGAGGGUUGGAUGAUGACCGCGGUCCACGCAGAGGCUUUGAUGAUGGCCCUAGGCGUGGCUUUGAUGAUGACCGUGGUCCCAGGCGUGGAUUUGAUGAUGACCGUGGACCCAGGCGCACAUUUGAUGAGGACAGAGGUCCUCGUAGAGGCAUGGAUGACAUGAGGGCGCCCAGGCGUGGGGCUGAUGAAGACUGGGGUCCCAGGAGAGGUGGAGAUGAUGACAGAAGGAGAGGCAUGGAUGAUGGACCACGUCGUGGUGGUGAUGAUGCCAAACCAUGGAAGCCCCUGGCCAGACCUGGAUCUGCUGCAGGCGGUGGUUGGCGUGAGCGGGAGAAGGCGAGGGAGGAGAGCUGGGGACCACCCCGUGAUGAAGGCCAGGAAGAAGCAGAUAAUGGUGAAGGAGAGGAUAAGGACAGCUUCAAAGACCGACGCCCUCCAAAAGAGGACAAUAACUGGAGGAGAGGAGGGGCUGAGGAAGGAGGCGGCGGAGGGGGUUGGAGAGAAUCCCGCAAAGAAGAAACUGACCGUGACGAUCGCCGCGACCGAGAAGACCGCCGUGGUGACCGCCGUGAGGUGGUCCGCAGGGAUGACCGCAGAGAAGACCGCAGGGAUGACCGUGAAGUCAGAGCCCCACCACCACGAGAACCUCAAGAAGAAGGUGGAUCGUGGCGUCGUGGAGGUGGAGGAGGUGGAGCUGGAGGUGAAGAAAAGGCAGUGGAGCGACCCAAGGAGAGGGAAAGGGAGCUUGAGCCAGACGGAGAGAAGGGGUGGCGCUCUGACAAAGACAACCCUCGUCGCACCAAGAACGAGACGGAUGACGACGGUUGGACUACUGUCCGCCGCUGAGCAACCACCGAGCAUCCGAGUCAGCCGGUUAAUGAUGGAUGGUUUUGGGAUAAUAAAAAAAGAGUCCUAUCAGCUGGUUAUCCACAGCGGUAAAUUUCUGGUUACAAGCUUCUGACACUCUUCUGUAAUUCCUUUUUGAACUAAAUAUUUGUAGAUGAUAGUUUUCUCCUUUUAUUUUGACUUUGGCUGAUUAAACAGUAACUAAGAUCAUGCUCUUAGGCCAUGUGCAAACCAUCAGUGUAAACAUGACUGCCCCAAUGGUAACGAGUGUAACCACCUUACAUGUUGAAGUAAAACUGAUUUCAGAACAGCAAUGUACCUGCUCCGACUUUCAAUGCAAACUCAGUGUGUCACCAAAUGCCUCAUUGAAAUAUUUAACCUCUGCUUCCAUGUUCUAGUACGGCUCAGAUCUCCAGCUCCUGUAAUGGCAGUGACUAAGAAUUGUUCAUGUUUUAUUGAUUUCUCAUCCAAUGUUCAGAUGCUUCUACAUUUUCACAUGCAUGCUUAGAUUAUCCAAUUGGUCUGGCUUGAUUUAAAGGGUAUGGUUCCAUCUUGCAGCAGUCGUGGUAUAAAGCCAGGUUUGCAUGUGUACAGAUAAAGCCUUUAUUAAUAAAGAUGUUUGCCCACCAUCACACUAACUCA